AUGUAUCGGGAGUGUCAAUUGUUAUUAUUAAUAACUGCUGCAAGAUAUAGCGUUGGAUUUAUAAUGUUCAGAGAGGGGGCGGAAGAAUAUAGUAAAAAAUUUUCUAUAUCAUUUCCCGCACAAGAACAGCUGGCAGCCCUAAAUGAUGGUAGAGAUCGAUCUGGCAGUUAUGCCAUAGUCAGGAUUUCGGGUAUUCCCAGGUGGGUUGAACAGGGCAGAUUUUACCAUAUAUUCCGAGUGCACCAAAGGGAAGGGAAAGAUAUAUACCUAACCCGUGUUAAUUUUUACCAAUCUCCUCAUGGAUGGUACAUACGUGGCGAGCCAUACCUUGAUAAUAUUAGAGUAGUUGCGACAGUGGAAAGGCACUUUAGAGGGUCCAAAGUGAGAACUAUUAAGUUUAGAUCCAAAAAGCACUACAAACGCAUAUACGGUUUCAGGCCAGAAAUGACACAAAUACGUAUCAAAGACAUACAAGUAUACCCAUCGUACGAGUUUAAUGGGGAUUGGAAAUCAGACGAUCCAAUGACUUUCAUUUUGAAUAGGGUUAGACAGCUUCGCUGCCCAUCCACACUACUGGCGAAGAUGAAGAUGAACGCGCUUAAGCAUUUUACAAGCAAUGAGCUGGCGCUGUUGGGACCAGACCCCUUGUCUCAUUUUGAUCCCGUGUAUAACAAAGUGGUCAUCCGCCACCAUGUGGCUCACUCCUGA